AAGCUGUGCUCAACUCAUCGCCGAGCUGCAGCACCGCCCAGUUUUUCUGUACAUUUGACGCAAAAAUCUGAAAAUUACUAUCGAAAUGGCAUCGUAUGUUCGACAAUUUUUCAGGGCAAAACGUCGGAAAACUGAUUCAUCAUCCGAAGAAUCCGAUCAUCAGUUCGCGUCGCCCACCUCACCACGUCCAUCAAGUUCCGACUCAUUCGGACCGUCGGCAGCACCGUCCACGUCACUUUCACCGCCAUUUCUGAGCCCAUCGUACUCAAUGGAUUACAUCAUCGAGGCGAUGACGUCAUCAUCGUCAACGUCACCAGUACCACCACCAGUGUCGGCUUCUAGGCCAGUGGCACCGGUGGUGGCAAGAGUUGAAGGGCUCCGAGCGGUGCCGGUUGGGCAUCGAAGACAGCACUCGAGCCCCGGUCACCUGCAACAAUUCCAGCAGGAGCUUCACGCUCGUCACCAUCACGCAAAUAUCACUCGGCUCAACAAAAAACGACGGAAUACCGAUACGGGAUACGAUCCGGAGGCUCGGCCACCGAAAUUCAAGCACCGAAGUCCAUUCUAUCAAAGCAGUUGCUGCCUGAAACCAACGGAUCUUCGUAUGCUUCUAAUCGAGGCGGAAUCCCGUGUACUGUACGAUACGGCUACAGUAAUCCCAACGCGUAACGGGACCCAUCAGAAUGCCAGUUCCAUCUCAGCGUGUGGAGAAUUUCAAUUUUUGCGAAAAAGAAAGGAUACGCGAAAGUUGUCGCAAAUGAUUUUUGGCGCCGUGCCAAAUUUGAAGACUAAUGAAUCGUUUAGGAUUCAUGUUUUGGAAGACGAGGAAACAAUCCUGGUGAGCAAGACGUUUGCAAUUCCGAAAUAUCGCAAAGGUGCUCUACCGGCCGCUGCUGCAGCAGUAGUUCGAAAUGAAGCAUUAAUGGAUUCGUCGGAUUCUUCGGACUCGCAGAGCACAGUAAAAUCGCUCGAUGGAUGGAGAACCCGUACUUCUCGAUCAAUUAUGACAACUCCUGAGGCAUUUAGUCGUGUUCGACACAUAUCUAUAACAUUCGGAGAGCAACAGCAUGACAUUGAUACGGACCACUCGAAUCAACAUUUUGGCUCGCCGAGCUCGUUGCACAGCAGCCUACCGAGAGCUUUUUCCCCUCCGCAUAAGAUUUCCAAAGCGAGAAGACGUCAAUUGGCGGUUACUACGAGUUUAAGCGAGACUUCCGCGUUCCCAAUACCAUCAAGCCUGAAGGCUCGUUCACGGAUGAGCUCAAUGAGCUCAACACAAGCAGACGAUGAGCAUCCGAUUUCGAUGCAAAAUAUGCGAAAUAUCGCGUUGGGCAUUCUGGUGCCGAUUAAACAGCGGUUUUUUCUAAUGCAGCAUAUACCCCUAAUCGAAGCUGAAAUGUCAAGAUUUGAGUCGCGUGUCGUCACGGCAGCCCUCCAUCCAUCCACAUUUCUUCAAAAUAUCUCAAAAUCAUGGGAAGAGCUCACCGAAACAGUAUGCCAACUGCACAAUGCACCGAGACUUCGACAUCCAUAUUGGCUCGCAUUGAAUGAGAAAUGUCAUUUGGAUGGACGUACGUUGGCCACUGAAUUCUGUGAGCAAUUGGCUUAUUUGGUACGACGAUACGAUCGGAAAGAGGCUGGAUAUUUUCUAUCAAAUCUGGUAACCGCUCUUCUGAUGCACCAUAUGUCAUGGGUUGCAAGUGUUGCCUCGCCGCCACUCCAUAACGCCGAUUCGAAAGAUCAAAUUGACGAGAAUUCCCUAUUCGGAAUGAUGUCAUCAGGAGCUCCGACGGUCGGCUACAAUGCACUAAUGGCUCAAUAUUUGGAGAUUUCUGGAGCGUGUGGUAACAUGCGUUCGGCGAAAAUCUGCGUUGUAGGCGAAGAUUUGGAAGUUCUCGCGUCCGUUUGUUCGGUGCUCUCGUUUUUCAUUCGAUGCUCCGCCGUUCAGCACGUUGACAACGACAAGAUGUGGGAAGUACCCACGGAGCAGCCAUUCUCUCCGUGUGACGUUUCGAACUCGCCGAGCACAAGUUGUGCUCAUCAGCACCAGCAGCAGCAGCAGCUCAAAAAUGGCUACCAACAUCCCGAGGAGACGUCGUCGGUGGCAAUGAUGAGACGACUGAGGAAUAAUAAUCAAAUGGAUACUUCUUCCACGCCGUCCACGUCCACGGCCGCCGCACUUUUGGAUGCCGAUGUUGAGAUGGUGGUGCAGACUACUACCGAGAUCACCUCAACCACGACGACGACACCCCGACAUCAUCAUCUUCAUCAUCUUCACAGUGUCACAAUCGAUCGUCUCGAUUUUCCGUGUUGCCCGACAAUUGCCGACGAUGCGGAUAUGUGGGUUCCGCAGCGGCCGAACUCUGAAGGACUCGGUAGAUCAAUGUUCGCCGGCCCUCUUAACAAUUAUUGCUCGCAUUUUGUACUGUCGGCUGUGCAGAAGACUGAUACCAAUAUGCCUGAAGUUUAUUCUAGAAUGUUCGACGAAGUCCGGUGUACCGAUUUUCCGUGUCACCGUUCGGCAACUGCUACGCCAUCACAAUCGACGUCAUCAAUGUGUGAUCCGGCAAUGAAUCCGGAAAAUGUGCUAAUCAUUGCGGAUAUCGAGCAACUGACAGUAAAAGUGCUCUCAACAGAAGGAUCAGAUGAAGUGACGUCACCAUCCGAAUCAAUUGUCGCAAUGUUGGAACAAUUUGUUGGAAUUCAUAAUGCUGUACCGGCGAAUGCCGAGUUUUUAGUCGGAAUUAUUGAGGAUUCAUUGGCUCAUAUUGUUGGAAAAAGUUUGACACUUGUCGAACUUGUCAGAAGUGAUCAAACGAAAAACCCGAAUUCCCUACAAUUAACACCGGAUCGUGUUCGUACAAUUAUUGGUUGUGAUCAUUCGGAUCUUCGUCUUAUCGUCAAUGUUGCAGCCGUCUACUGGCCUCCUGUUCUCCAAUCCGUGCUCGGAUGAGCUCCGACACCUUAAAAAAUCGUCGAGAUUUUCUCAAAAAAUCAUUCAAAAAACGGGAAAACUCUUUCCUUGCGCCGGUGUGUGUAUUGUUAUUUAAUAUUAAUACUACUAAUUUACUAAUUAUUUUUUGUUCUUUUGUUCUUUUUUUUUAAAUUGUAAAUUUCCCCCUUUUUCAAGAAAAAGUUGAUUAAGCCAUUUUUCGUAAAAUUAUAUAUCGAAUUUUUGGGAACAAAUCGAGAAAUUUUGAAGAAAUUCGAUUUUUCUUACAUUUUAUUAAUUUUCUGCAAAAAAAACUCCAAUUUUCAAUAUUUUUCUUCAAAAGUUGAUGACAAAAAGAACAAAAAAUUCGAUUCCGGAAAACUCGAAUUUUAAAAUUUUUGUGAAUUUUUUUGAAAAAAGUCAAUAAUGAUCGAUUUUUUGUGAUUUUUUCGCAAAAAAAUCAAUAUUUAUCGAUUUUUGUGAAUUUUUUCUGAAAAAAAUCAAUAUUUAUCGCCUUUUUGCGAUUUUUCUUGCAAAAAUAUCAAUGAUUAUCGAUUUUUUGUGAAAUUUUUUAGAAAAAUCAAUAAUUAUCGAUUUUUAUAAAUUUUUGUGGAAAAAAUCAAUAAUUAUCGAUUUUUUGUGAUUUCAUUUUAUUAAUUUUCUGCAAAAGAAAAAUUACGAAUUUUCGCAAAAAAAAAAUCGAUAAAUCAACUCCAAUUUUCAAUAUUUUUCUUCAAAAGUUGAUGACACAAAAAGGACAAAAAAUUCGAUUCCGGAAAACUCGAAUUUUAAAAAUUCAAAAAUCGACAGAUUUCUGCUAAUUUUUGAUCAUUUUUCUGGAAGAAACGAUAAAAAACAUUUCCAUAAAAUCGAUAAAUCCGCUUAUUUAUUCCACUUUUUCCUUUUUUUUUCUGAAAUUUCCGAAAAAAUCCCCUAACGAUUUCUAAUCAAUCUUUUCUUCUCUGUCCAAUGUGUUUUUUUGUUUUUUUUUCUCGGCCGGUUUCAAACGAUACUCCGCCGGAAUAUCGGAGCAUCGUCUUGUUUCUUGUUUCUUGUUUCUCUUCCCUUUUUUUGAUGUUUUAUUAACAUAAAAUGUAAUGUAUAUCAUUGUAAAUCACCCCCAUUUCCUCCCCCUUCUAUCUUUUCCCGAAUCCACCACACACAUUUCAGCGGGUUUAUGAUUGUUUUCUUUGUCGGCGGUUUUGCUUCGAAAAAUCGAUAAUCAAUCGAUUUUUUGGAUUCGAUUUUCCGCCUUUCUCCUCCUAUCCAUCCUGUCAAACGGGAAUUUGAUUAUUAUUAUUGUUAAUUUGUUUUUCUCCUCUGUACAGAAUAAAUUUUUGAUUAACGAUG